UUUAGAAAAUUUGACUUCUGAACUUAACUUUGUGGUGAAAACGGACAUUAAAGUUAAAGAAAAACAUUUUCUUGCUUAUCAAUUGUCGGCUGAUUAUUUAACCUCUUUAAAACUCGGUGAUUUAAAAGUUGUUAUUAACCACAUCAGCUACUUAACAUUAGAUAAGGUAUACAGCAACACUAUAUUAGCUAUAGUCAAUAUGCCACCUUUAGUUACUGCUGAAAAAAUACAGUCUGAAGCAGUAGAUGGUAAUGUAAAAUUGCCAGGUGUUAAUGCCAUUUUAUUAGGACCACCAGGGUCUGGAAAAGGAACCCAAGCUCCAAAGUUGUUACAAAAGUUUUAUGUUUGUCACUUGUCAACAGGUGAUAUGUUACGAUCUGAAGUUGCCUCUGGUUCAGAUUUAGGAAAAAAAGUUAAAGAAGUAAUGGAUUCAGGUGCUUUAGUAAGUGACAGUUUAGUGGUUGACUUGAUUGAUCACAAUUUAGAUAGACCUGAAUGCAGACAAGGAUUUUUAUUAGAUGGUUUUCCACGCACUGUGCCUCAGGCAGAGAAACUGGAUCAACUUUUAGAAAAACGAAAAACACAGCUUGAUUCUGUAGUUGAAUUUAAUAUUAGUGAUAGUCUCUUGGUUAGUCGUAUUACUGGUCGCUUAAUACAUCCAUCAAGUGGUCGGUCAUAUCAUACUGAAUUCCAUCCUCCAAAAGUUCAUAUGAAAGAUGAUAUAACUGGUGAACCAUUGAUUCGACGUACUGAUGAUAAUGUUGAAGCUUUAAAAAAACGUCUUGAAUCUUACCACAAGCAAACUACUCCCCUAAUUGAAUACUAUAAGAAAAAAGGUAUUCAUGAAAAAGUUGAUGCUUCGAAAAGUGCUGAUGAUGUUUUCAAAAUGGUAGAAAAUAUAUUUUUGCGCUGUUCUUUAUCAUCUAAUAAAGAUAGAGUGAUAUUCGUUUGAAUCAUUCCAGUUGAAAAAAAAAAAGAUAAAAAUUGGUUUAUUUUUCAUGAGCUGAAGACAAUAUUUUAUAUUAUAUUUGUAAUACUUAAUAAAUUAUCAUGUUAAUAGCGAUGGUAACAAUAAAUAUUUUAAAUUAUGUUGAUCUGAAA